AUGGCGGAGAAAUCUCCGUAUAUCGCUCCGCAACCGCGACGGCCGAAUGUCCCUCUCGCCGCGCUGGAUAAUUCCGACAGAGGAGAUUCCUCGACCAUAACACCAGAGUCGCACGGUAUUGAUAGCCACCGGAGUCUUCUGGCAAGAGCUCUCGGGAAUGAGGCGAGCGCCAAUGCCACCCCGGCUCUCCCAGAAUCCAUUAUUUCCCCCGCCUUCACACCUCCGUCCACACCAGGGGGGUCCGUUGUUAUUUCCCAGCAGGCUAUCCGCGUGCAUCCACAUGAUGCGUCAUCAUCGCAUAAGACACAGGCGCAUGUGCCGAAGGGGCCCAAGUUGAUGGAGCGAUUGCCGCACGUUGAAUGUAUUGUUCGCGCACGUAUUCCGACCACAACGGGUGCCGAGAUGUUUCUUCAUUUAUACCAGAAUGACGCGGAUAAUAAAGAGCAUUUGGCUAUUGUUUUUGGAAAUCAUAUCCGAUCGAGAAGUUUAGACCGUGUGCAGGAAGGAGAGACAGAGAUGGAUCGUAUGAUCCGAGGGGCUUAUGUUGGAAGAUUACAUCCUGGUCGAGUGAGCAGUCGAUUUGAUGAGCCGCACUCUUCCCUUGGGCCAGAGGGAGAAGGGGUGGCGAAACAAGGGCUUCAAGCUCCCCUUGUUAGGAUUCACUCUGAAUGCUAUACCGGUGAGACAGCAUGGUCUGCUCGGUGCGACUGUGGCGAGCAACUCGACGAAGCUGCGCGGUUGAUGUCAAUGGCGUCGGAGUCAGCGGCGGGUCUUUCUGUUAACGAAGAUGGCUCUAUAUCAGAUAAUACAUCCCCCCUUUCUUCCCCGGUUUCCGACAAUGACGGGCCGGGAGGCGUGAUUAUCUAUCUUCGACAAGAGGGCCGUGGAAUCGGAUUGGGGGAAAAGCUCAAGGCAUACAACUUGCAAGACCUGGGUUCCGAUACGGUAGAAGCCAAUCUACUCCUGCGUCAUCCUGCCGAUGCACGAAGCUAUGGCCUGGCCACCGCGAUGCUCGUUGACCUCGGACUCGGUGCUGACGCGUAUCCAGAAGGAAUCCGGCUGCUCACCAACAACCCAGACAAGGUCUUGGCUGUGGAAGGCCCCAAUCGGGAAGUCCGCGUCAAGGAACGAGUAGCAAUGAUACCUAUAGCAUGGAGAACUGGCGGACAGAAGGGGAUUAGAAGCAGGGAAAUAGAAGGGUAUUUGCAAACCAAGGUCGGUAUUCCUUCUCAAGCCUACGUCCAGGCUUUUGAUUCAAGUUAA